ACUAUGAUCAGGUGCUCCACACCACUAUCAUGCUUGGUGUUGUUCCUCCCAGAUAUGGUUGGAAUGGUGGGGAGAUUGGAUUCGAUGUUUACUUCUCGAUGGCCAGAGGAAAUGCCUCUUGCCCUGCUAUGGAAAUGACCAAGUGGUUUGACACCAACUACCACUACAUUGUGCCUGAAUUGGGUCAUGAUGUCAAGUUCUCUUAUGCUUCUCACAAGGCUGUCACCGAGUAUAAGGAGGCCAAGGCGCUUGGCAUAGACACUGUUCCAGUCCUUGUUGGCCCAGUAUCAUAUCUGCUGCUAUCCAAGCCUACAAAGGGUGUUGAGAAAACCUUUUCUCUUCUCUCCCUUCUUGGAAAAAUACUUCCCAUCUACAAGGAAGUCAUGUCUGAACUUAAGGCAGCUGGUGCUUCGUGGAUUCAGUUUGAUGAGCCCACCCUUGUGAUGGAUCUUGAUUCUCACAAACUGAAAGCAUUUACUGAAGCAUACUCAGAACUAGCAUCAUGUCUAUUUGGCGUGAACGUUGUCAUCGAAACAUAUUUUGCUGAUGUUCCUGCUGAGGCAUAUAAAGUUCUUACUUCCUUGGAGGCUGUUGCUGGAUAUGGAUUUGAUUUGGUCCGUGGAACUAAGACCCUUGAUUUAAUAAAGGGUGUGUUCCCCACAGGCAAGUAUCUCUUUGCUAGAGUUGUUGGUGGGAGGAACAUUUGGGCAAACGAUCUUGCUGGAUCACUCAUCACCCUCCAUGCUCUUGAGGGCAUUGUGGGAAAAGGUACUAUUUUAUGUAUAUUUUUGUCGAAUAGUAUGUUUUAA